AGCCUUCUCUUUCCCUCUUUCGAGCUCUCUGAUCUGUGGAGAUCUAAGCUUCGAAGAGAUAACCAAAGUUUCUCACUUUUUCGAUAUUAGUCCCUCAGUUUAAUAGUUCUUUUGAUUAUUACCUCAUUAUUUUAUAAAAUGAUCAUUUAGUGCAAGAAGAUGUAUGCUCAUACGUGGGCUUUGUCAUGAAGUUGGAGGCUUGGAGCUGGGCUUCGACGAUUUGUCCAGAUGACUAACUGGCGGUAUUGAGUUACAACACUACAACCAAGAUUUUUUUUUUGCAUAAAAUUUAAUACAAUUAGGGGAUGUUAUGGGUUUGGGAAGUUUAGUAGAAUUGAAUAUAACCGUAAUUAGGACUCUUUAAUGGAUCUGAGUGGAUUCUUCAAUCGAUGAGAAGGAUUUAAAUAGAAUGGGUUGAAAUACAUUUUAAUUUUUGUGAAGGAUUUUAGUGGAGUUCAUUUCCAUAUCAACAAUAAAAAGAAUAGCAAAAUUAUUAUUAGAAUAUCUUUGCAAAUCAAUAAAACUAAGUUGUUGUAAAAACCUAAGUAAUUGUAUCUUUCAACAUUUCUUCGUUCAUUGCUUCUUUCCCGAUAGUAGCACUUUUUUUUUUCUGAUCUUAUGUCUCCAAAAUUUCUUCAGCAUUUUCAGAAUCAUCUCUUCUCUGGCAUUGUUGCCUUCCAUAUUUUGUUUGCGUGCAUAGAAUAUAAACAAUAGGCUCCAACAAACUUGCAUAAAAUAUAUACAAUUAAUUCUAACAAACAUCCAUGUUAUCUAACUAUUGAAAAGGAUAUUGUGUAUGGAAAGUUUCAUUUGGCUACAAUAUUAUUAAACCAAAUAGGCAAAAUAGAGAGUCAAAACAAAUGUGGCCAACGAUCACACAAAGACAUGAGAACCGAGCAAUUCCACAAAUCGGACAAUGGCAUUAACCCCCAAUUCGAUGUUAAGGAAGCUGUCCACUGCAUUGUCUCUGCACCGGAAAAAAUCAAUUUCCUGAAAAGUACCCCAUGAAGUAGCAAAAAUGAGGUGGCUAAACAUGUUCCUCUUUUGUUGGACAGAAAAUCAUCUGUGGUGUGACGUAUACUAGAAAAUGAUAACUUAUAAUUUCUAUAGCUAUAGGGGUAAAAUCCAGUGCACUAAAUAAUGCAGAUUUAAACUCCUCAGCUUCAACAUAUAGAUAAAUAUACUGAAGUUGCAUUUCUGAAACCACAAACCUACGAAUUCUCAUCCCCGACGGAGUUCUCCUAGUAAAAAGAUUACAAAAGCGUGAAAAUCUUCAUCUAUCACCAACCCACAGACCGUUAAGAAGUGUAAACAAUCGCUAAGGCGAAAGAUAGUCAAAUUGUCUGUUAGAGUAUCAAGGUGCCUCAAAUUGAGAAACAAGUGAACCAGACUCAAGAACUUUGUUCUAUUUAAUAGACCAGCAAUCUGAAAUCUGUCUAUUUUAGAGAAGAUAAAAGACUUCGCUAGGUUUUCGAGAAGAGUGAUGUUGUUUUUUUUUCUUAUAGGGUUUAUCAGGUUUACAAAAACCAAGAUUAUUGCAAUUUUAACUAAUCAAAGUCAUGAAUAGAGGACAAAACAAGUAGUUUGAUACCUUACAUUUUUUCUGAAGAAAUAUCAUAUUGUAUAUGGUUAUUGAAAAUGAAAGCUUCCAUUGUUGUUAUACUUUUAUAUUUAUAAUAUGACACCAUCACAUGCCCGACUGCAAAUGAGCUGCUCUAGGAAAAUUAUUUGAUUAGUUUGCAAUUAUCUUUGUUUUCUUAGCUGUUAGUUUAUAAUCUUCUGAAUACAACGAGGCACGAUAACUUGAUGCUAUUUGGGUCGCAAUUUGAAAAUACUCACCUGAAAUACGCAAACCUGUGUGUUUUAAAUAAGUAGCGAUUGGACAUGUAGAACCGGUAUUUAAAUUCGGUUAAAGAAACCAGAUCAGUUUUCCCGGUAUAUUAUAGAGAAAAAACGGGAGUUGCUUUUCAGCCGUCCAAUCUAAUAUGGACGGUCGCUUAUUUUUGACCAUACAUAUCAAAUCAGACAAUCACUUCUCUCUCUGUUAAGUGGGUAAUCGUAGCCGUACAGUUUAUCGGGACCUGCAAUGCUCAGAUUACGACACGUAAGCGGAGUAUUGGAUUAGUUAUGUGUCAUGGACAGUGUCCCACAUAGUAUGCGAAUACUAGGUUUGGUGGGGGCUUCUUUUAGCUUACGUGUCUACUCUUUAUCGUUUCUUCCUCUGAUAUCCAAUUCUGUUUGUUUUUUUAGUUGCCCAUAUUAAUAUUCUUUUUUUUUAUAAUCAUAAAUAUAAUUCCUGUGAAACAUUCCAUUUCUUUAUUUCUUAAAAAUAGUUAAAUCCUAAAUUAUGAUACCUAACCUUGAAAUUAAAAUCUAAAUCUUAAAUUAAAUCAUAAAUCCUAUGAACUAAACUCCAUAUCCGAUAAUGGUUAUUUUUAUUAAUUUGGAACAAUUGCUCUGUUCAUCGUUUACUAUACAGAAUAACAUAUACGAAUAUUAGUAUAUAGAAGAAAAUAACAUAAUAUACGCAAAUUAGCCAAUUAUUAUUCAUAUAUAAUGUACCUUUUUAUGUAUAAAGAUUAAAGAGAUAGAGAGAGGCUGAAAGGCACAUGGAGCGCACGAACAUAAUUUAGGAGAUAAUUAUGAUGUAUCACGUCGCUCUAGGUGCCACGAGUGUGUUUGAUCAUCUGACUUUGAUUUAAGAAAACGAAUAGUAAACAAAAGGAUCAGAGCUUAUAAGUUAUAACUUUCCAGUUACCUAUAUUCUAGAACUAGUAAGUAUAAUUAUUAAUCUACCGUACACGAGUGUGGUAAAAAAAAAGAAGUAUCAUCAUCCUCUAUGAUUUAGUAAAGUAUUGCAGGAAAACAAAAAAAAAAACGGAUAUUUAAUUAAAAAAGUUUAGUUAUUGAUUAUUGAACGUAAAUAUGAAUGGGUUGAAUAAAAAUAUCAAAUAUCUUAUCAUUAUCUUUUGUCGAUAUUUUAGGUUGUAGAUAUCUUAGCUUACACUUGGUUUACACAAAAUAACUAACCACAGGAACAUUACAAAUUUACAAUUUUAUCUUUUCUCAAUAGCUAAAAUUACAAAUUUUCAUUUUUAAUAUAAGAAGUAUAUCUAAAUGGUUUCUUCAUGAAUGUACAUAGUUUGGAUCAAUGUUUUAUUUUUUCACAAGCUGGAUGUGCUGUUGAAUUAAAAUUUAUUAUGAACAAAAGAAUGUAAUAAUAGUAACUAUUUUAUCUGCAUUUUCAUGAUAUAUAAUAAUUCAAUAGCUCGCAAACUAAUAGUGAAGCCCCACUUGGCUUUUCAGUCAUACUGUUUGGACUCUCGUCAAAGUCCAAGUUCGUUCGAAGAACACCUUUACCCCUAAAUCCAGGGACAUCCUUUUGACACAAAAAGAAAUUUUAAACAGCACCAAAAUUAUUAAAUUUAAAAGAAAAAGUUUUGGCUUUUAAUUAGCUGUUCAAAAUUUUCUGUGUUUUUCUUUGCCUUUUUUGAGAAAUGUAAAGAAAUUCUCCAUUCCUAAACUCAAGAAAGCCUCGAUCACAUGGAACUUGACAAAAGUUUUCACCCAAAAGUGUUCAAUAGUGCAAUCCCAUAUCAAUUUGAUUUGUCAUAUCAUAUGUUUUUUCUCUCGUAUCAUAUGUUAAUAUGAAUCAUUUACCCUAUUUCAAAAACACACAGUAUUGUUUUCUUUCUCCGAGUUAUUAAGGAAAAUUUAUAUUAACUUCGUAUCUCUCAACGACUACAUGAAUCCAAUAUCAAUCAAAUGUAUACACUUGUUAGUAAACAGUUGUAAGAAUACAUGGAACUAUAACCAUUUAACUAAUGCGGUGUUUUUUUUGUAAUCUCAUAACGUUAUGACCUGCAAUACUAGUUAUGAAAUUUAUAAGAAAGGAAAGUGAUAUGCGUCUUGAUAAUUUAUAAGAAAGGAAAAUGAUCUGCGUCUUUACGUAAUUAUAAUCAUGAUUCAUGAACCAACUUAUAGUUCCACAUGAAGUUGAUAAUAUGAGUCAAAUGGAAGGCUAGUCCAACAUGAAGUUCAUAAUAUGAGUGGAUGAGUCAAGGGUCGUCAGAUUCAUAUAUAGCUUAAACUUGUCUUUAACCCCAAUUCUUAAAAGGGAUGAAGAAUAUUAAUAAAUACACCAAACUAAACAUUUAUACUUUGUUAUAAUCAUUGCAUUUUAGAACUCUAUGUAAUUUGCGGAUAAGAAUUAUUCCUCUCUAAUAUAUUAUUGGAGUUCUCAUACAAAUCAUUCCUAGCUAUGCAGAUUGUUUAGUUCAUAUGGUAUCCUAUAAAUAUGCACAACAAUUUUAUUUUCAGAAAAAUAGAUAUCGUUAUUAAUCCUUGCGCACGACAUUUUUGUUGUGUUUGGUAAAUUGUAUUGCUAACACCCCCACCCCGGAAGAUAGUGACAGCGGUUAUCAUGGUCCGACCACGGUUAUAUUACUGAUGUAUUAGUCAAAAGAUAAAAUUCUAAAGAGCCAAAAUGUGUAGAACUAUAUAAAAUAUUAUUUGUUUGACUGACUUUUAUAAGAAAAUAAUAUAAUUUUCAUUCCCAAUGCCAUUUAGCAAUGUGCAAAAAAGCUUCCCAACAAUUGUCACAGUUGCAAGCCUUAAUACAAGGAGAUCAUCACACUUUUGUACCGUAACCCCCAUUCGGUUAAAAGGCAAAACAUUUAAUUCAAAAGAAGUUAUAUUUUACGUCGCUCAUGUGACAUAAAAGGAGAAAAAAGAGGAGAAUUUGGCUAAUCUUAUGGCUUACGAGACCUUUUCAGCUAAAAGUAUUAUAUCAAAAUAUUCUUGGUAAGAAGUAAAUUUAGCAACACUAUACUUCUUUUACCUGCCCGUUUGUAGUUAAUAGGAACCAUACCCUAGGUUUGAUAGACGUAUUAUCAACCCACAACGUACCAAACGCAAUUCUUCUCGCUCACUUGAUAAUUAAGUUUAACUAAAAGUCUCUAGUCUUAAACCCAGAGCCGGCCUUGAACAGAAGCAGGUGAAGCAAGUGCUUCCGGCCGCAUUCUAUUAAGUACUAAUUCAGCCGCAUUUUUGUCAAAAGUCUCUUUAGCAUACUUGGUAAACGCACUGUUACAACCGCGAUGAGGUCAUGAGUUCGAACCCAGUCGGCCACAUAAUUAUUUUUGGCUUCUAGCCUCCACAUAUCUAGGACCGGCUCUGCUUAAACCGAUCGAAGUUCGAUGUUAGGGCUCAUGGUAAAUUUUGAAUUAUUAAUUACAUUUUUGAACUUCAAGUUAAAGUCGUUUUUUAAAGUUAAAGCCGUGUUGUAGUUGACUAUGAACAAUUUUCUUGAUUUCAUGUUUGUCGGUAAGACAUUAAUUUCUUUAUGCAAUCACAUAUGAGGAAUAACUACUCAAGCUCGUGUGUACCUAUAUAAUCCUAGAAAAUUACAAACACAAAGAGACUAAGGGUCCGAUUGGUAAUGGCUGUAACUUUAAAUAUUUUGCUGUAGAAAAAAAUCUACAGAUUUUUUGCUGUGGCUUUAGAUUUUAUUGCUGUAGAAUUUUAUUGAAACACUAAAAAAUUGCUUUGGAUAUUUGGCUCUGCAGAGCACUUGUACAGCUGUAGGAUAUUUUAAGAGCUGUGGUUUCAAAAAAAAAUUUAAAGCUUGAUUGCUCUGAAUUUGAUGCUGUGGAAAUAAAUAGGAAUGUGAACAGCACCUACAGCAACUACCAAUCACCCCCUAAGACUGUUGUUCAGUUGUGUUUGUUUUCAUACAAGGACAUCGAUAUAAAAAUGUCCACUGAGAUAUUAAAUUAAAAACCACAUUUAACCACUCCCAUUGAAUAAUCAUUACAAGAUGACAAAAAAUCUAUAUAUUCUCAUUUCUAUUUCUGCUUAAAAUGCGGUCACCAUGUGAUUUGACCAGGGGGCAUCUAUACAGGUAAGUUAAUUACAUUGGUACUUUAUAAUUGAGUAACCAAACUAAACCACAUUAAAAUGUGAAAGGAAAAAACUAGAAUGUUCAUGUCGCUUGCUUGUCCGUUGUAAUAUUUUUAUUUUGCAUUUUUUUUUGGGGAGAAAGUUAAGCUUGCUGAAUUUUAAAUAUACUUCAAAUUGUUGAUGAAAUUUGUUAAGAAUUCAUGGCACCUUAGUCCUUAGAAAAAUUAAUUUCUACACAACCUAUUGUAAUUAGCAAUGCAUAUCACCUCAAAUAUAUACCAUUUAAAUGAUCCAUUUCUUUUACGUAGACCCUUGACCUUUAGGUUAUGAUAUAUAUGUAGGGUUAUUAUGCACAUUGCACGUGACCACUAAGCAGAUUACUUGAGUUAAUUAAUUAGCUUCAUUCUAGUGAAAUAAAAUAUCCAAAUAGCAUGAUGUAAUAUAUACAUCACAAAGUGUUCUUUUAACAAAUAUAUUCUAUUUAUAUAUUCUUAUUCUUUACUCUAAAUCAAGAUUGGUUACUGUGACAUUCCAGAUUUUGGAUUGGUUCCAAUGAUUUUUGGCCUCAUUCUUAGGCUUGCAUAAGUAGCCAUCCGUACAUAAUACACGUAUAUAUAUACACUGAAUGUACACAGUAAAAAGUUAAAGACUCUAACCAGUGAACUAUAAUGGCAAGAAAACAGACUAAGAAGACCAGACAAAGCUGUUUAAAAUCGGUUUAAUUUAUAAAUAAAUCUUAUAAAAAUCCAACCAAUGUUCCAACGUUAAUUUAUUUCUGUCGCUGACGCUUAAAUAAAAUAUCUUGGAAAACGAGGAAAAAAAAAGGUAGUCUUAAAGCAGUUGAAUCAAAAGUGAAGUCUCUCUAUCAAGUUCAAUGUCUCUCUAUUUAUAACAUCACUUCACUUCCAUUCCCAAACAACACUCAUCAUCUUCUUCAGUCAGAACCAAAGCAAAAAGAAGAAACUUAAUCAUAGCACAUCUUCAACCAAAACCCUAAAAGAAGGCUCCUUUCAAGAAAACUAUUUCUUCAUCAUCAUGUCAACUUCCAAAACCCUAGAUCAUAUUAAGCCAUAUGAAACAUCCCAAACUCAAAUGGGGUUUGCUAUAAUCAACCAGAACACAGCCAACACAACCACAACCACAACUGGAGAGAGACGAGGCCGGAGAUCAAAGCAAGCAGAGCCAGGGAGGUUCCUAGGAGUCAGGAGACGUCCAUGGGGUCGUUACGCAGCUGAGAUCAGAGAUCCAACCACCAAAGAACGUCACUGGCUUGGCACUUUCGACACUGCUCAUGAAGCCGCUCUUGCCUACGAUAGAGCAGCUCUUUCGAUGAGAGGCACUCAAGGUCGAACUAACUUCGCCUAUACUCCAACUGAUGUUCACACCAUCCUCACAAACCCUAAUCUCCACUCUCUCAUCGUCUCUCCUUACAACAACAACCAAUCUUUCUUACCAAACUCUUCUCCACAGUUUGUCAUUGAUCACCAUCCUCAUUAUCAAAACUAUCAUCACCAUCAGCAACCUAAACAUAUACCCACCGCUUCUUUCAAAACUCCGGUUCGUCAUCAAAACGCAGAUAUUCAAGCGUUUAGCUCUAGUCCUCAAAACUCAUCUUCUAACGGCUCGUUAUCUUCUUCACUAGACGAAGAACACAACUUCUUUUCUUUCGAUGGAAGUAACUCCAGUAACAACUCGGGUUACUUGGACUGCAUUGUCCCAAACCAUUGUCUUAAACCACCUCCGGAAACCACCACUACCCAAAGUAAAACCGGAGCUGGUUUCACAACUCCAGCAAGCAAGGCCUCUGACUCAUACGGAGGAUUUAAUAAUAGUUACUUUGAAGAUGGUGAUAUGAUGAUGAAUCAUCAUCAUGAGUUUGGUUCGUGUGAUCUUUCUGCCAUGAUAACUAACUAUGGUGCCGCUGCUUCAGUGACAAUGAAGCAGCAAGAUUUCUCUUCCGCGUCUUCUUCUAUCGCUGCUUUUGGAGAUGUUGCAGACACUACUGGCUUCUACUCGCUCUAUUAGAAGUAGAACAUUCAUUUUGAUGUUUCUGUUUUAUUUUUAUAUUUAUGUAAUAAUAUAAUAAGUAUUUACGUUAUUCCAUGAGAAUUUGCAUUUUGUUAACAGCAUGUUAUGGACUUUAUUAUACAUAUUCUGCUUAUUUGUAUCAUGCACCAUAUAUAAGGUUAGCUUACCAUGAAGUUUUGUUUUUCUUUCUUUUUAUUUUGGUAAUUUUUAAGUUGUGGUUUUGAAAAGAAAAGAAGAGUUGUGGUUUUGUUUAGCAAAAGGUAUUAUUGCUAGUUGUAUUAAAGACCUUUGUUUUUGUCCAUGCUUCUUCCAACACACUCAUUAGGUAUAUAAAGAUGUUGUGUGUAUAAUAAUGAAAUCGAAUGAAUUACUCAAAAAGGAUAUUUGACUAGAAUACAUACGCUCGGUUAUUAUAAACUUUCAUGACAAUUGUAAAUUUGGCAUUAGUAAGAAUAUAAGAUAUAUAUGAUGGAAAAAAUAUUAAGAUUAAAGAUAGGGGAUUUGGCAUAAAAUUUUGCAUGUUUGUUAAAAGUAGUAUAACUAAAGUGAGAUGGACUUUUAGUGAAGUAGCAUGAUGGUGUUUUUGGUCUUUGGACAACAUGUGUUUUGGUCAUGACUUGUUUGGUCUUUAACUGCACAAUCACUGUUUCAUGUCUCCCUCCUUUUGCCUUAACUUUUGUCAACACCAACUCAACAUCACAACUCUUUUCUUCUUCUUAAAUCUGUUUAAGGUUUUGACUUUCUUUCAUAGAACUCGAUUAGUUCCCUUUCCAAUGCUGAUCAAAUUCACUUUAUUUGUUAAAUCAUCAGACCCAAUCAAAGCUGUUAUAUAUAUCAAACACACACUCACAUAUGUGUAUAUCUAUAUAAUGUACUUAACUAAGUCUACCGUAACUCGUAUGUAUUAAAGCUAGUUGCAUCUUUGUACAGCCUUAAUUAUGGUAGAUCGUUUGUAACUCAGAGAAAAAAAACAUUUAAUGAUUAGUAGUAGUUUUUGGGUUGUUGAAAGCUUUUUGUUGUGAUGUUUCAGUGGCCAAACCCAUGAUUAUGAAUUUUCUGUUGUUUGAGUAAAACUAGACGCAACGAAAAAACUACACACAAAGAACGAAGUACGAUAAUUACUGACUUCUACUUCCACAUUAACAGUGAUCCCGAGAUCUGCUCUGUUCUGCCUUUUUCAUUCUAUUUCUCUUCCAUGUUGCUGUUCCAAAAACAACUGGAUAUCGGAUUGUGCUAUUAUUGCGUUUGCAUUUACUAUUCAACAUAUUAAUUUUGUUUACCCCUAGAAAUGAAAAAUAGUCUUAUUAGUGUAGUUAUUUUGUCAAAUCUUAUGUACAAAUUGCAAAUGCAAAAAAAAAAAAAAAAUCACAUUCAAGUUUCUGUUGUGCAUGAAAUGAAAAUUUACAAUUAUUUUUAAAAAGGUUUAAUCAAAAUGUUUUUUUUUACAACAUGUUUAAUAAAAAAAUUAAAAUAUGUACUCUCUUGAAAAUAACAUGGGAUUUAUAAUAUAAUCUAAAAUGUAAAUAUGAAAACAAACGCAAUCAAAAAUAAAAAUCUGACUCUUAAUUCCCAUAUUCCAUAAACUAACAAGGGAUCUUCGUGAAUAAUUUCAUUUAUUUAACAAUAAUCGUUUCGGAAAGUACAAAAAAAAAAGAGAUAAACA